CUGUGAAACAAAGUAGUAAUAUACCAGAGUAUCUUUAUGCAAUAAUGAGUUUGCUCCCUUCACAAUCCAAAAGAUUUAUAUCAAAGUGUGAUAAUGACCAUAAUAAUGAUCGUGUUAAUGACAAUGAUAAUGACUGUGAAAAUUACUACAACUAUGAAAAUGGCCACGAAAAUAAUCACGAAAAUAACCAUGAAAGUGACCUUGCUGAUAACUCUGCUAAUAACAAUACUAGUGGUUACUUAGAAAAUGCACAUUGGACCCAAUAUAUUAUGACAGAAGAAUAUAAGAAAAAAAAAAUACGAAAUGAAGGUAAUAAAAUUAUAGAGGUAUUCAAAAGAAAUUCUAAAAACUCUUUCACUACAAUGCUAACUGAUGCUGAUAAUAUAAAACUUCGUGAUAUAUUCGCUGUUUGGAUUAUCAAUCGUCAGCACCCAUUUACUAUAAUUGAAGACCUUGAGCUAAUAGAAAUCAUACAAUAUUUAAAUUCUACAGCACACCUAGUCAAAGCAGAUACAAUAAAGAAUACAAUUAUAUCACUUUAUAACUCUGAAAAAAAAGAAUUGAAGGCAAGCUUCACAAUUAUUAUAUCCUUAUCAGUGUUUGAAAUUUAUAGCUCAAAUAUUGUUCAUAUGAGAAUAGUAUAA